GCGUCAUGACGCACCCCAGUGUGCGUUGCAUAUCCAAUGAGACUACGGGUGGCUGCCCCACUGCAAAUAAAGGGAGAUAACGGGCUGCGAGUAGUGGCUGAAAACUUUUCAUACUGAGAUGUUAGAGCAAUGACUUUUGCGUAACCUUAAAAACUGGGACUAGGCUCCCAGCAUGAUAUAGGGUCCUUACGGGAAGAGGAAUAAGGAAAGAUUGCCACGGCUGGGUAGGGAAAAGAAAGCGGCGAAUCCGUUGAAGUUUAGAAAGAGAGAAAGAGCGAGAGUGAGCAAGAUUCCCGAAAGUUGAGAGCAAUCCAGAAAUACAGCGGCGGUGGCUAGUGUACCCAUUUGAAAGAUGAGCUUGAUGUCUGCCAUAGACACCAGUGCCUCCGUGUACCAGCCUGCGCAGCUACUGAAUUGGGUCUAUCUCUCUUUGCAAGACACCCACCAAACCAGCGCCUUUGACGCCUUUAGACCCGAACCCAACUCGUCCCACCCGGAGUUGAACUACUGCAAGACUCCCGCAGCGGACUUGAGCUCGUCUCUCAACUCCAACUAUCUCAACAACUUUUUUCAGCUCCAGCGGAAUGAGGCAUUGAAUAACAGGGUAUAUAAGAAUGUCUCGCCAUAUGACUCGCUCAACAACAUCGUUGAUGGACUCAAUUCCUUGACGGACCACUUCUCCGACCUCUCCCUCUCCUCAGAGCCCCGCAAGCCCAGCAAAAGACCCCCGCCCAACUACCUGUGCCACCUCUGCUUCAACAAGGGCCACUACAUCAAAGACUGCCCCCAGGCUCCUACGCCAAGCCGCAUGUGGCAGGGGCUACAGUCCAUUCCAGAUUACAAAGAAAGACCCAGCCGUGAUCUGCCCAAUGAUGUCUCUCUACCAAACGAACUCAAUGCAUUUUAUACAUGCUUCGACAAUAACAACAUCGUGCCGGGUGUGAGAGCCGCCACCGACCCAGAGGACUGGGUGAUCUCGCUCUCCGAGGCCGACAUGACAAAAGUCUUUAAUCAGGUCAAUACCCACAAGGCCACGGGGCCCAACGAUACUCCAGGGCACGUUCUCUGA